ACCAAUCCGGGCUGCGGUUGGGUCGGGUUGGUAGUGUUUGCGCCUUUCUGCUUGCUAUGGCCGCGGCCGUCGCUAUGGAGACAGAUGAUGCUGGAAAUCGACUUCGGUUUCAGUUGGAGUUGGAAUUUGUGCAAUGUUUAGCCAACCCAAAUUACCUUAAUUUUCUCGCCCAAAGAGGUUACUUCAAAGACAAAGCUUUUGUUAAUUAUCUUAAGUACUUGCUUUACUGGAAAGAACCAGAAUAUGCCAAAUAUCUAAAGUACCCUCAGUGUUUGCAUAUGUUAGAACUGCUCCAAUAUGAACACUUUCGAAAGGAGCUGGUGAAUGCUCAGUGUGCGAAGUUCAUUGACGAACAGCAGAUUCUGCACUGGCAGCACUAUUCGAGGAAGCGGAUGCGUCUUCAGCAAGCCCUAGCAGAGCAGCAGCAGCAGAAUACCACAGCAGGAAAAUGAAGAGCUGGCAACAGCAGGCUCUAGGACAUGUAUAUAAUGCACUGCUAUUGUACAGUACAGAGAGAAAGACUGCUGCCCCCUUUAUUGUAGUACUCAGAACUAUUAGUGUUAUUUUUGGUUGGCAAAACUUUUUGUUAAUAGUUGAUUUCUAUUAAACCAGGAUUGCUCUACUUUG